AUGGCCUCUCGGAGGCUCCUAGCCUCAUUUCUCCGAUCAUCCGCCGCCCGUCGCUGUAGAUCUCCAUUUGGUUCAGCUCCGAAGCCCAGUCCCCGGCCGUCUCCAACCGGGCAUGUUCUUCAUCGCUUCGCUUCGCACUACGCCACAUCAGCAGCUGCGGCGGCACCUCCGCCCUUCAAGGCUGGGACUAGCGGCGGUAUCGGUGGCAAAAUUACAGAUGAGUUUACCGGUCAAGGUGCGAUCGGGAAGGUCUGCCAGGUUAUAGGUGCCGUUGUCGAUGUGAGGUUCGACGAGGGUUUGCCCCCGAUUUUGACGGCGCUGGAGGUUUUGGAUAAUCAAAUCAGGCUUGUUCUGGAGGUCGCCCAGCACUUGGGCGAAAAUGUGGUGAGGUGUAUUGCUAUGGAUGGUACUGAAGGGCUGGUUAGAGGCCAGCGCGUACUGAACACUGGUUCGCCGAUUACUGUGCCUGUUGGUAGAGCCACUUUAGGUCGCAUUAUCAAUGUGAUUGGGGAGCCUAUAGAUGAGAAAGGCGAUAUUAAGACUGAACACUUUUUACCCAUCCAUCGUGAAGCUCCAGCCUUUGUGGAGCAAGCUACAGAACAACAAAUUCUUGUCACUGGUAUCAAGGUUGUCGACCUUCUGGCACCUUACCAGAGAGGAGGAAAGAUUGGUCUUUUUGGUGGUGCUGGUGUUGGAAAGACUGUACUUAUUAUGGAACUGAUCAACAAUGUUGCAAAAGCCCAUGGUUGUGGUUUCUCUGUCUUUGCCGGCGUAGGAGAACGUACACGUGAGGGUAACGAUUUAUACAGAGAAAUGAUUGAAAGUGGUGUCAUCAAGCUAGGAGAUAAGCAGGCUGAUAGCAAAUGCGCCCUAGUCUAUGGUCAGAUGAACGAGCCCCCGGGUGCUCGUGCUCGUGUUGGACUCACUGGAUUGACCGUGGCCGAACACUUCCGUGAUGCAGAAGGACAGGACGUGCUUCUCUUCAUUGACAACAUUUUCCGUUUUACCCAAGCUAACUCAGAAGUGUCUGCUUUGCUUGGACGUAUUCCCUCGGCCGUCGGAUAUCAACCUACACUGGCUACAGAUCUUGGAGGCCUUCAAGAGCGUAUUACUACGACUAAGAAGGGUUCUAUUACAUCUGUCCAAGCCAUAUAUGUGCCUGCUGAUGACUUGACCGAUCCUGCUCCUGCUACUACAUUUGCUCACUUGGAUGCUACAACUGUGUUAUCUAGACAGAUUUCUGAGCUUGGUAUAUAUCCUGCCGUGGACCCGCUGGACUCAACUUCCCGCAUGCUUUCACCUCAUAUCCUGGGAGAGGGCCACUACAACACUGCCCGAGGUGUGCAGAAGGUUCUUCAGAACUACAAGAAUCUUCAGGAUAUUAUUGCCAUUCUAGGAAUGGACGAGCUAAGUGAAGACGACAAAUUGACAGUUGCCCGUGCUCGAAAAAUCCAGCGUUUCCUUAGCCAGCCUUUCCAUGUUGCAGAAGUUUUCACGGGUGCACCUGGGAAGUAUGUUGAGUUGAAGGAGAGUAUUAACAGCUUCCAGGGAGUCUUGGACGGGAAAUAUGAUGAUCUUCCAGAGCAGUCGUUUUACAUGGUUGGAGGUAUUGAUGAGGUCAUUGCCAAGGCCGAGAAGAUUGCCAAAGAAUCUGCUGCUUAA